CCUAUGAAUAAAACAUAGAUUUUAACCUUCUCUCAACUUGGAAAAAAGAAGGGUGAUUUUGAAAAGUUGAAUAAAAAGAGAAGGAUUUAACAUUUAUUUGAUUGCUUAACGGGUAAUUGUUAAUUGGUUGCGUCACGUAGGAUGCAUAGAGGUUUUUUAUGAUAUUAUGGAGGAUAGGGACAGAAGUGUUGCAUAGUGGCCUAGUGGGAAGUAGAGGUGGCCAAUGGGAGGGUUGGGCGGGCUCACCAUGACCCAUCAUCUAGCCACGAGUUUCGUGGACUGGGCGGCUGGUCUAGUGGGCCAGUUUGCUCGGCCCACGACGGUCUGGUAUGGCUUUCCCGGUUCAUCGGCGGACCAUGGGUUUAAUGGGCUAGACGGGUUAGCGGUUGAGUAAUGUUAAUGGUAUAUUAAUAUAUAGCAUUUAUUGUGUGAUUUUGGCCUUAAUAAUUUUUUUGCUAUCAUAACAUUCAAUUUUUUACACUUGGAAAGUAAUUUAAAUAAAUAACGAUUAGUAAUUUUCAUGAUCAAUGAUAUUUAGUUUUAUUGUCCUUACAUCUUACUCAUUACAAUAUACACUUUCAUAAUUUAAAUAAAAAUGAAUAGAAAUAUUAACGGUUUCGUGGGCCGGGUUUCUGUGGGUUGGGCGGUUUUGCCAACAGGCUUUCAUGGGCCGGGAUCAUAAAAUUCAGCCUGUGGCCCAUCCAACAAUAUCAAGGAUUUUACGGUUCUGGACCUGUUUUCUCAUAUAAAAUGUGUUACUGCUCGCGGACGUGUUUUCUUAGAUAGAAACUUCCAUGCCACUUUAUCUGGGUCCCUGGGCAUUGUUAUAUAUAUCUGCCUGUGUCAUUUUCAUUUUGAAUUCAACCAGGUAUAGCCUCAUAUUGACAAGAGAGUCAGAGCUUCUUAAGUCAAAGUGCUCUCUCUCUCUGUCUCUCAUUCUCUCUCUGUUUAUUGUGGCAAAAAAAUUAUUGAGACAAGCACCCACUCAACAUUCAGAGCUCAUUACUUUGAAUCUUUGAUUAAAGUUUUUGGUAGCUUCAAUGGGUUGCAACUCCUCUAAAAAUUGUAGAACAGAUCCCAACUACAAGGACUUUGCUUUUCUUGCAUCUGAAACAAUGUUUUCUGCAAGUGAAGUGGAAGCUUUAUAUGUCCUUUACAAGAAAGUGUGCAGUUGCAUAGUUCUCGAUGGCCUCAUUCGUAAGGAAGAAUUUCGACAAGCCCUUCUGAGGAACAGUGGGAAACCAAAUCUUUUUGUAGACAGGGUUUUUGACAUGUUUGAUCUUAAUCAUAAUGGCGUACUUGAAUUUGGAGAGUUUGUUCUGUCACUCAGUAUUUUCCACCCCAAAUCUCCAAUAGCAGACAAGAUUUCAUUUACCUUCAAUAUGUACGACGUACAUAACAAAGGUUAUAUUGAACGUGAAGAGGUGAAAAAGAUGGUCGUGGCUAUUCUUGAAGAAUCGGAUUUAGAACUACCAGAUGAUAUUGUUGAAGCAAUAGUAGAAAAUGCUUUCAUGGAAGCAGAUUCCAAACGAGAUGGGAAGAUCGAUCUAGAAGAAUGGAAAGGAUUUGUGGCAAACAAUCCAUCACUUCUGAAAAACAUGACGCUUCCAUAUUUAAUGGAUGUUGGUGUAGUAUAUCCGAGCUUUGUUAAAAAGUAAAUAGCCAGCGCUGGUAAAGAUUAUGUGUCUCAGCUGGGAAGAAAUUUUAUCUGCCUGCAAAAGGCGCUUCCAAGGGAGACUCAAAAUGCGCUACAAAUGCUGUGAUUGAACUUCGUGUAAAGCUGGAAAAGUUACCAGCUAAUGCUGCUUCAGGAUGAGGGGAAGGAUGAGAUUUGACUAUAGCAGCUUGUGUUAGAAGUUCACCAAGCACCAUUUAUAUAUAUAUCAGCAGUAAUUCAGAAAUUGUUUCAUGAUAUACGACGCAAUAAUAAUCUUACUACAAAUUUACAA